AAAUUCAAUUUUAUUUGUUAGUUCCAUUAACGGAAUGCUAACAGAUGCUAACAAUCAGUUAACAGAACUAACAGUUAGCUAGCAGAACUAACAGAACAAACAAAACAUUAUAUCUGAUGUUAAGUGUGAGCUAUUUUCUUCAAUUUGUAUAGAUAAGGGGCAAAAAGUGUCAUAAUAUAAGGUUAGAAGCUAAAACCUACCAAAUUUGUAAGAUGAGGGGUUAAAACCUACCAAAUUUGUAAGGUAAAAGGCUAAAAGUGUCAUAUUAUAAGGUUAGGAGCUAAAACCUACUAAUUUUGUAAGGUGAGGGGCUAAAAGUUGGUUUUAGCCUCUGCUUGAUGCAGGUUUAUUGAAGGAGUUAUCCAAUCAGUGAAUAACCUUCUUGAGAAGUUUCACCAGUCGUUUUUCUUAUACCUUUUAACAUCUCCCAAUAAGUUUGUCUCAGUAGGAGUCUACAUAAUUGCAUUUGCGCUCCUCAUAGCUCCACUUCCAAUGGUGGCGGCUUUUGUUUAUAUCAUUGCCAAUAAUUCAAAUUCUAGUUUAAAGCAGGAGAAGUCCACUUUGUCUCCUUUACCUGCUGCUGAUGAACACAGUAUCACAGUUAGCUCAUGGAGAUGGCUUAAUGCAGCAAAAGUAGUUUUUAUCAUUCACUUAUGGGGUGUUGUUGUUUCCUUCCUUCCAUAUUUCAUCUGCCAGAUACCAGAUCACACCCCAACAACUAGCUUUGUGAUCUGGGUUUUGCUUUCAGUGCUUAGCCUAAAGGUAUUGUACUCGAUCCUGGCUUCUCCUUUUCCCCAUGCAAAUACAUCUCUACCACAAGGAGAUUGGGCACUCUUGAAAUCAGUGACUAUUGCAGCUCUCUUCAUUGGUUUGGGACUCAUGUCAGUCGUUAAUUUUGCUACAGCGGAAAUUGGUGCUUUACUGUUGGUCCCGACUUGUUUGUUGGCUCGACCUUUGAGGCUUGAUCUUAGAGCUAGAAGUUUGAGAAGCUUUUCUAGGGUGAUUUGUAAUCUGGUUGUAGGGCAUAUUGCCUUUCCUCCAGCAACUUUCCUUGUAGUGAAAGGGGUGUUUUCAGGUUUUGGCAGCACUAAUGUUGAUGAUUUCUGGAAUUGGGUUGAGUCCCUUUGGGCAUGGAACAGUGCUACAUAUCUCUACGUCAGUAUGGUGUACCUGCCUUGCUGGGUGUUAUGCAUUCAUAUUUCAUUUCAUACUUGUUGACACUGCUUAGUCAAUUUUGUUCUGUACGUCAUUGUUCUCAACUGAAAGUUGAAGGUCAGCAGCAAUUUGUCCUAUGUUGUGUUGUUAUCUGAUUGCAAGUUGGUUUGCAGAAUUCUAACAGGGGUAAGGAUUAAUAUUGCAAUAGAUGCUGACAAUCCGUACGUUUUGCUUCUUGUUUAUGGCAGCAUGAAACCAAGAAUUAGAACUGCCUUAACAUUCUACUGCCAUCUGCCAAAUGGAAACUCUCUCAUUUCUCCAUCAGCAGCGCUUCGGGCACCAAAAUAGGGGGAACUUAGUGUUAAAUAUGUUUACCAACAAUCACUGUUGCAUGUAAAACAGGCCUACCAGUUUUUGACAACCGUGUCAAGGUGUUUCUUUCCUUGUUCUUUUAAAUGUUGUGCUGUUAGAUAUAGUUUCAAUCGGUGUGUGUCUUUCAUAUUUAACGUUAAUCGUUCUUUGCAAGUCUUUUGUAUGUGCGACAUCGCCAAGUGUUUUUUCUCUUCCAAUAGCUGGAUAUGUAUGGGACUUUACGUACUGGUUUUACUGGGUAAGUCCUAGCAGCUUCCUUUAUUAAUUAAAUUCAUGUAUUGUU